CGGUCUUGUUCGCCAAAUCACGUGAGACGCAGCUCAACCCCGCUUCCGAUCGCGAAUCUGUUGGGAAUCAGGCAUCGGUGAAGGCCAGUCUGGGCGCUGUUCCGGUGCAUGGUUCGGUGUGGAGGGACGUCAACUCGGAGUCUUUGCUGAGGACAGCUUGCUCCCUCAUGUUCCAUUGCGAAGAUGACGACGCUAGGUGGGGCGACUCUCGGAGACAAGGAGCCCAUCUUCGAGCUCGCAACCGAGUGCGAGGAACGGUUCGAUGAGCAAAUCCGGCGGCUGAAGGCCGACGGCAAGCCUAACAGCGUAGCCGCCCUUGAGGAGCUCAGGCAGCGCUUCGCCAACUGGGCAGCCUUCCUGGGUGUCUUUGCCGACCCGAAAGUGUGCCUGGAUCGCAGGCUACGGCAUCAUGUCGGGAUCCAGGACCAGGUGCUCCGCCUGCUAGAUAUUAUAGUGCAGAACCUUGCCUACCUGCAUCAGCCGGAUGAGUCUCCUGAUCGCAUGGAGAUUGAGCCCGCCGAAGCUCCGCAACACCACGGUAUCAGUAUCGAGAGCCUCGACGCCAUAUCUGGCGCAAAUGACCGCUUAAACCACCUCGGUAUCGCCAUCCGCCAGUCUUCGGUGAGGAGCCGAACAGACAAGGCCAGAGCGUUCCAACAGACGUUCGACGUCUCCUCGUUCCAAGAGGUCGCCUACCAAGCCUUAAAGUCAUUCUACCCCGACGCCAGCGAGGAGUUAAUCAGGCAGCUCACCCGGUCCAUGACGGAGACGUAUGCACUAUUCCUCCGCUGCAAGUCGCGGCAGGGGAUGCUACAGGCCCCGCGCGAGCGGCCGCGCACGCCCACCCCUCUGUCCGACAUCGCCGAAGAGCCAGGAGGCGAGGCCGACGGUGGUGGCACCCACGCCGCGAGUCCCAUGGACGUCGAGAUGCCGGCGACGCCACAGGGAAGCAGGGAGCCAGUUGCGAGGACACCCCGGAGUCCGCCGCCGGUUCGGCAGCAUGCCUGGCUCGUGGCCUCCGAGAAGCCGACGUCAGUGGACAGCCAGGAAGUCAUGAGGAGGUACAACAAGUUGCUCAAUCCGUCCGUCAAGGGAACGGCCAAAUCAAUCCUAGUCAGCCAUGUGGACUAUCUGCGGCCUCCAAAAGGGAGUCUCAACUGCCAAUGGUGCUUUACUCCGCUCGGUGUUGAUGUCCUAUCAAACGAAUCAAAGUGGCAAAAGCACGUCAACGAGGACCACAGGCCCUAUGUUUGCAUCUCCGAGAAGUGUGCUCAGCCUCCCAGAUUCGCCGCCUCGUCCGAGUGGUUCCAGCACAUGCUCAACAACCACGGCCGGAACUGGCACCGCGAGGUGCACGCGCCCUUGUUGUGGGUGUGCCCCUUAUGCUUCGGCCAGGAGGAGACCACUUUCUCUAAGCCAGCCGAGCUCGCCGAUCACCUCUACGCCUUCCACGAAGGCACCUUCACCGACUCUCAGGUCCAGGCUAUCGUCCAGCAGAGCCGGAUCCGCUCCCCCCGUCCCAGGGACGCAUGCCCGCUCUGCUGCCUCUCGAUGAAACAGCAAGAGGACCCGUCGACCAACGAGAAGGCGAAGGCGAGGCGAGGGUCAUCAGCCAAGCAGCCCUUUCCAGGGGGGGUCAGGCUUCGAGGGCAGCCGUAAGCGCACCAAGACCGAGACGGGCCAUGCGCAGUCCCACCAGCACGGUCACGGGGAAUCGGGGACGACGGCUGCGGAACAGCGCGAAAUGGACGCCCAGGCCGAUCCUUCCACGGAUCCGCCU